AUGUGCACUUCAGAAGAGAGAGCUAAUCAGAGAACUCAGAGAAGGAAAUUAUAUCAUGCGUGCCCUCAGAAGGGUAAAAAGAUUUUCAUUCAUGUGCAUGAGAUUACUCAAAUAGAUGAUCAGAUAUACCAGUGCCUUGAACGGGAGCAAAACUUCUGUGAGAACUUAGCUCUUAUUAUGUGUGAGAGAACCCACUCUGGGGAGAAACCUUAUCGAUGUGAUAUGUGUGAGAAAACAUUUGUCCAGCGCUCAGAUCUCAUUUCACACCAGAGGAUCCACAAUUAUGAGAAACCUUAUAAAUGUAGCAAAUGUGAGAAGAGCUUUUGGCACCACUUAGCCCUUUCAGGACACCAGAGAACACAUGCAGGUAAAAAAUUCUAUACAUGUGACAUUUGUGGCAAGAAUUUUGGACAGAGCUCUGAUCUGCUUGUCCACCAGCGAAGCCACACAGGUGAGAAACCAUAUCUGUGCAGUGAGUGUGAUAAAUGCUUCAGUCGAAGUACAAACCUCAUUCGGCACCGAAGAACUCACACCGGUGAGAAACCAUUUAAGUGUCUGGAGUGUGAAAAAGCUUUUAGUGGGAAAUCGGAUCUCAUUAGCCACCAGCGAACUCACACUGGCGAAAGGCCUUACAAAUGUAAUAAGUGUGAGAAAAGUUAUCGACAUCGAUCAGCCUUCAUUGUUCAUAAAAGAGUUCAUACUGGGGAGAAGCCCUAUAAGUGUGGUGCCUGUGAGAAAUGCUUUGGCCAGAAAUCAGACCUCAUUGUUCACCAGAGAGUCCACACAGGGGAGAAGCCCUAUAAAUGCUUGGAAUGUAUGAGAAGUUUUACUCGGAGUGCCAACCUAAUCAGGCACCAGGCAACUCACACUCACACUUUUAAAUGCCUUGAAUAUGAGAAAAGUUUCAGCUGUGGCUCGGACCUUAUUGUGCAUCAGAGAAUUCACAUGGAAGAGAAACCACGCCAGUGGUCUGCAUGUGAGAGUGGCUUCCUCCUAGGCAUGGGCUUUGUUGCCCAACCCAAAAUGAGAACUCAGACAGAGGAGCUGCAUUAUCAAUACAGUGUGUGUGAUAAAGGCUUCCGUCAGAGCUCAGCUCUCCUUCAACAUCAGACAGUCCACAUCAGUGAAAAACCAUAUAUCUGUCAUGUGGGUGAGAAGGGGAUUGAGCUCAGCCCUCCCCACCCAUCAGAAAUCUCACAGACUUCUUGGCCAGACAAGAAGUUAUAA